GUAACAACUCCAAACUGGUUGGGUUGUGCCCGACCACUCAAUCAUGCGGGGUCUAGAAUGGGUAAACUAGACCCCCAUCUUCGAGUCUGAGACAUGAGACCAUAAUAAAGCAAGAGCGCCCUCUGUUGACAACACACACGCACGUCUAGUCUAGUCUAGUCUGUACCUAGCUUUAGCUUUUUUUCCGUACGAUUAUGUUUCACACACUCGCUUUUUGGGCUAGCCAUGAUCAGCAUCAGAUGGUGAUGUAGCGGUUGAAAAGACAAUUCCCCAGCAUAUUUACAUGCAGUACAGACUGAGAGGGUGGAGGCCGGGGAAACACGUCGGCAGAACGGAGAGCGUGUACAUGUACGUGAAAUUGGUCUGUCAGCACUACGCAGCGCACUGAGCACAGAUCAGGGAGCUGGAUAAAAUGCACUGCAGCUGAGGCAUUGUGCGGCUAAACAUGUACACUUGCACCAAGGCUGUCGUAGGCUCAGGACCGUAGAUAACCGUCAUGUGAGCAUCGGCGACCAAGCAAGACCACGGACAAUGGCACAUCUGGAGUUGUCAUCUUUGGAUGGCUUGGUGUCAGUAAGCUGUUAAUAUCAGUGCCUGUACCCAAGCUAAAGCGUCGUCCACAACAGAGCUGGAAAAACAUAUCCCACCUCCACACAUGUGGUGUUGUGACACACGGCAAGAUCUCAACCAAAAUUAGUGUGAGACCGUAUCGUCAGCCCGAGUACAUAUAUCUGUGCAGCACACAGCAUGUUGGAUCUUUCCGUGUAAAUAGACUAGUGCAAUCAGCUUCUCGGAUCAGGAAUACCGCAGUUACCACAGCAGCAGUAAAUUGUGGUAGCGGGCAGUGGUGUCGGCACGAGAAACCGUUUGUUUUCUAAAUUUUUGUUCUUGUGGAGGUUGUGCAUUUUUGGAUCGAGGGUGUUUUGCCCCCCGGCGUAGGGGCAGAACCUAAGGGACUCGGCGUCAAGAUAGGGUGCACCAUGGGAGCAAAUCACUCAGGGCGGAAGCAGUCCUUUGACGAGAACGGUGAAGUUGAUUUUGACCACUUCCAGAUCUUGCGGGCCAUUGGCAAAGGUAGCUUUGGUAAGGUGUGCAUCGUGCAGAAGAAAGACACCAAGAAGAUGUUUGCCAUGAAAUACAUGAACAAGUCCAUGUGCAUCCGCAAGGACGCGGUCCGGAACGUCUUGAAGGAACAAGAAAUCCUCCAGCAGCUUGAGCAUCCGUUCCUGGUCAACCUCUGGUUCACGUUCCAAGACGAGGAAGACAUGUUCAUGGUGGUGGACUUGUUGCUAGGCGGGGACCUGCGCUAUCACAUCCAGCAAGGGGUCAAGUUUGAUGCGGAGAGGGUCAAGAUGUACCUGUGUGAGAUUGCGCUGGCAUUAGAUUAUCUCAAUGCUCACCGCAUCAUUCAUAGGGACAUCAAGCCAGACAACAUAUUACUGGAUGAGGAAGGUCACGUGCACAUAACGGACUUCAACAUAGCCACGGUGCUUCAAGAGGGCUGUCUGGCCACCUCCAUGUCCGGAACCAAGCCGUACAUGGCACCUGAGAUUCUCCACACAGCGUCAGCAGAUUCUAAGGGCUACUCGUUUCCUGUAGAUUGGUGGUCACUGGGCGUCUGUGCCUACGAGAUGCUUAGAGGAAAGAGACCGUACGACAUCCAUUCAAACUCAUCGAUAGGGGACAUCAUGCACUUGUACCAGGCAACGCAUCCUCAUUAUCCGUCGUCAUGGAACCCUGCCCUCUCUGACCUUAUUAGGCAGCUCCUGGCCUUGGACCCCCAGCAGAGGUUGCCCUCCCUCGCGGCCAUCUGCAAACACCCCUUCAUGUCGGACGCGGAUUGGGACGCUAUACUCAACAUGAAAAUCAAGCCUUCCUUCGUUCCGCCCAAAGAUCAUUUGAACUGUGACCCGACCUUUGAACUGGAGGAGAUGAUAAUUGAAGCCAAGCCUUUGCAUAAGAAGAAGAAACGCCUCGCAAAGCAGAGCUCCAAGGGAAAGGAUAUCGAUGAGGAAAUGCAAGCCCAAUUGGACAGCCUGAAUGCAGAAUUCAAAGUGUACAACCGAGAAAAGCCUAAUAAAAAAGAAACGACCAAAAGCAGUGAAACGAAAGAAGAAGUGAGAAUGGAAGACGGGAACACCAACCAAGAAGUGGAAGGCGGUAUCACAACAUCGAGUAUUGACACGCCGGUACCCCUCACCGAAAACACAUGUGACCAACAAGAGGAGCAACAACAACAACAACAACAACAACAACUAGAAGAACCACAAGAACAACAACAACAACAACAACAACAACCAUCGGCGCCUUCAGGUUCCAAUAAACAAACAGAACUACCAACAGUUCAGCAGUAACACAUGUAGACUGUCAUAUCUGUAUAUAUAUAUAUAUACAUACAUAUGAAAUUAUAUCUGAUUAAUAUUAGUUUUUCUCACCACAGUUAUGGUAUAGGUAUAUUCCUGGUGCGUAUAUAUGGUCACCGUUGAUCGGAACAGGGGAUUCUGUUGUUAAUUUUGCAAUUUUGAAAUGCGAGGAGCAGGACUUUAAAAAAACUGCGCUGGUUGAAUGUUUAUGUAUAAGGAAGGGGGAUAGAAUGUAAAUAAGCCUUUGUGGAGCUACAAGUGGACGAGCAAGGGGAUAAAAGUCUCAAAAGUGGGGGGCACACGACCCCUUACACUCCCCUCUGCAAAAUGUCACUGCCUUGCUUUCAACGAAAGUAUUUGAGCCGUGUGCAACACUUGCAGCUUUGUGUAAAAGUGCACGGAAAAUCUGAUGUUUAAACAAUUUUUUCCGGCUAGCUGUUAGCUGGUUUGAUACGCAGAAAGAUUUGGCUUGCUACAUAUUCUGCUCAGCACAGGUCCGUUGAAACCGGAUCUGAGAGCUAUUGGUCCUCCCUACCCUGGGGAAAUAGGUUCCCCACCCCCACAUGACACCUAUUAUGCAAAGGUCGCUGGAUCCUUUGGGUGCUUAUGUCACUCUUGUAGUGCUAUACUCGCUGUUAAUAAUAUGCAAAAAUUGAGUGACAACUCCCACCAUUUGGAAACCUCAACUCAAAAAAAGGUGCUCAACUCACGAUACAAAUCAUCUCAACUGGAUUUGAUUUGAUUGAUUAAUGACCCACAACAAGUGUUUUGCAGGUUCGACUCCUGCUUGGUGCGUGUAGUUUUUACACUGACCAUCCCUGUGUGGAUUCUAACCAAUUUUUCUGUAAAGAACAAGAAUUUAGAUAGGUAUUUAUUUGUACACCGUAAAUUACGAACGUAUAAAAACUACACAAUGUAUAUAGCUGUUCUCAUGAAGCAAUCUGUAAAAGUAAGUUAUUUGAAUGUCUUGUAACAAGCACUGUGAUACAUCAUUUCUGUUCUUUUUUUCUUUUUUUCAUCUGGUACGUUUGAUGUGCUUCUCCUAUUUCUGUAGUUCCCAGGUCUCUGUCACAAACGUAAAUUGUAGUAGCCAGUAAAGAUAAGUAGCAUUCCCUUUGGGCCACUGGGAAUUUUGUGAGCUAGAUUUUCACUGCCUCGAGGCCAAGCAUGAUUUGCCAAAUGAUUCCCACAACGAUUGCACCAUUAAGCGGAUCGCUAUGCUGUUUUUGAUACACACACACACAAGUCACAUGCAAAAUUCCAUGGAAACUGUAUUGAGCACUUAGUGUUGACUGCUGAACUUAAGCUUGUCUGGGAAAAAGGGAGCGGCAUUUUAAAGCUUUUUCUUUUAUGAAAAGACAAUUAUAAUGGAGCUGUCCAGGGAAUGGGGUUUUAGCUGUCAAAUUGGGCUAGGUAUUGUAUGUUGUGGAAAGCUCAAAAUGUGAAAAUGUUGACUGCUUACAGUGUACGAAGGAACCUUAAAGAUUUGCUAGAAGGUUCUGCGGUACGUUUACUUUUCAGUCAUUGUGUGUUGAAGCUGAAGCCCCCCGAGACAAAAUGUGAAAAUGUUGACUGUUUACAGUGUACGAAGGAACCUUAAAGAUUUGCUAGAAGGUUCUGCGGUACGUUUACUUUUCAGUCAUUGUGUGUUGAAGCUGAAGCCCCCCGAGACAGCCCCCCCCCCCCCCCCCCCCCCCCCCCCCCCCCCCCCCCCGUGCACCACUGGAGCUAAGAAUUUAAAAUCCUGGGCCAAAUCCUGGGGGGGGGGGAUUGGGAAUGGCAAACAGUCAAUCUGCAAAACCGUAUCCCACUUUUUAGAUUAGGUUUCAAAAUUAGAUUUGAACUUCCGUCACUCUUUGUAGGAUCCCAUGGAACCAGGUAGCAUUCAAUGAAAAUAAAGAUGUACAUGUGACUGUGGGUUUAAAUAAGAUCAUGAUCCUUAACGGAGUGACAAGCUUGCUUCAAGAAGCUUGACCGUGCAAACUCGAAACAAACUGCCUGGAGCAGUUCCUGUGCAUGCCAUUUUAACAACCAUGCCCCACCACAUCAAACAGUCAUCACUUGUAAAUCCAUUCCGGAACACAACUCGGCAUGUUCCGAAGAAUUAUCGCGCUGCAACGAGCAGCAACAAACAUGUCCUCCCCCAUCCUCCGUAAUGUUUAUCGGUGCCUGGAGAUAUGAAAGCCUUAGUCAGUCUGUUCCAAUAAAUGUAUCAAUAUUUUUGUCCCACAUGGUGAGUGCCUGUCAGUAAACCAGCGACAAACAUUUCGUAAAUCAUUCUUCGGGAGAACAUUGCUCAAUCUGGCAGUCUGCCAACUCUGAGGGCGCCGACUUCGCAGAACAGAUUAUAUUUAUACAUUUGCAGACAGGUAGGAACCAGUUUUUAGAUACCGCAUUGUGGUGCAUACAGAAUUGUGCAUGUAUACCUAUUAAGUUCAUUUGAUUGAUAUACAAAGAAUCAUGUUAAAGAUACAUUAAUAUAUUCUUGAAGAAAGUCUAUUCUCUUGAAGAAAAGGUAGUGCCAAUGUGCUGACUCUUGAAAAAGAGGGAACUUUUAACGGUUAAACAAAAUUUAGGGACGGAAUAGGAUAGAAAUGACAUCACAUAUUAAAUUGCAUCAUUUUUUUGUCUACAAUCCCACUGAGUGAUGUUAUAAAAGCACCGUAUAAAAGCAUACCAUCGCACAUAUAGGCUGGUGCUAUCACUUUUGCCCCACAUUCACUGCUAUGACACUGCCUUCCUCUCAGGAUACCAGACAAAGAUGGCCAUUCUGGACUCCACCGUCUCACUUCAAACCUGUCAAAAUCAUCUUUUCUGAUAAAUAGAUCGGGUAACACCUCUCCGUAAUUGGAUUUUAAAUGUUCACGUCUCUUAGAUUGAAUUUAAUAUUAAAAAGAAAUUAAAUAUUUAUUAAAUUUCCCAAUUGACGCUUUUUUUGAUUUGCCGAACCACCUUGGUCAUGUAUGCAUUUGUUAAACAUAUUUGCAUUCCAAUGGCAGUUAGGUGUACUUUAGUACAACGUCCUUCAAAGUGCAAUGUGCCAUCUCACUUUCAAUUAAUAGUACAUGGAACUGCACUUUCCACUCGUAAGGGCAGCACUUUAAACCACUACAGUAAAGCACCACGAUGAGACUGAAACAUUAAUGAGUAAACGAAACCACAUAGGAUCCACGCACAGACGCCUCCUCUAGUGAUCUCUGGUGAAUCUGCUGGGAAAGAAUGUCGUAUCCAGACACCACUGCUUUGGUUGUGUAUACAAAGUCUACGGAGAGUGAGUCGAGUGCAUUUGCACAAUAUUUUCUAACAAAAUUGGAAAUGUUUUGCAGUGCCAGAUUCAUGCUUUUUCAACAUUUUUGCUAUGACUGACCUCCUGUGACGAUGAAAAAAAGUGGCGUCAGGAUGCAACAUUCUUUCCAAUUGCUGCAUAAAUCAUAAGCUCAACUUGUAAAGUCCCUUGGCAAAUAAGGGGGAAAUUACUUCUUAAUACCAAAUGGGGGGGGGGGAUUUUUAAGGACAAUCUAAGUAUUGUGCUGAAAACACACACAAUUGCAUGUUUGGAAAUUGUUUUAACCAUAUAUUGAAUAUCUGUGAAUUAAAAAUUUGGCUUAAGAGUGUUUUCUUGGAAUCAGUUGUUUGAAGACUUUUUAUCACAAAGGCAGAUUCUGUUUCCAACUGACUUUAUCACCGGGAGGGUCAGAAAGAACAUACAAGUAUGAUAUGUUUGUUAAAAUAUUAAUUUUGUUAAAGAUUUAAUGCACUAGUUUGUGUGCUUACAAGCUUGGUUUUUUUAAGGGUUUUGUUAUUAUUUUGUUGUUUGUUUUUUCCCCUUUAUGUUUUUUCCACUUUAGGUAGAAAGAUAAGUCUCUGAUCAAUGACUGUGAAUUAACAAAAAGAAAUGAGUAAAGUCGGGCGCUUUAUCAUGCAAACUGCUCUGGAUAAGACCAGCAGUUUCCCUCAUUAAAUAUUUCAAAAUUUAUCGGUUAAUUUUUUUCCGGAACAAAUCCAGCUAAAUCUAUUUAUCCAGUGUGAGUCCUUGCUUCAGAAGAAAGCCUACCUCACCUUGUCGAAAUGUCCACUCUAAAUCUGUGCAAUUGACAAGAUUUAAAAACCCAAAACCCCCACAAACUGCCAAGGAGUUUUGGUGUAGAACUUCAAAUUGCCAGUUUGUACCCAGUUUGUAUGCUGUCUGCAUUUAUAUUUUUGACUAUUGAAAAUGUCUGUAUACUCUCUGUACCAUGAAUAUGUAGUUGUGGGAAUAUUAAAUGAACAGUCAAAAGAGUUUGUGUGUUUGUAUGGUUGAAAAAAUAAUUGUUCGAAGUAACAUACGGAUGUUUUUGCAUUUUGUAAAAGUGAUCAUUCAAAGUGGGUAUUCAUAACCGAUAAUCACUUUUCUUGGGGAGGGGGGGGGGUUGUUAAAUCGUAAACUUUUGAAUUAAUGGUUUAUGGUUGUUCCAUUUCUGAAAAACAAUCUUAUUAAAUUUGAAUAUUGAAUCAGUACAAAUAUGUUCUUGCUAAGAAGUAAUUGUUCUUUACAUAUUUUAAGAAAAAAGGGAAAAAAGGUGAAACUCUGAUGUUCGUGGUUUUUUUUUUUACAAGAUAAUUUUUUUAUGUGUGACUGUCUAUCCCAAGCCUUUUGGAUAUGUCUCGCUGUGUGUUUUUGAAUUAAAAAAGAGUUCUUAUGUAUUUCUGUGUGAUAUUUGACGGCAGAAUCUUGUUAUUUUUUUAGGUUUUGGGUUUUUUUUUAAUGACGAAAAUGGUAAGGACAGUUAAGGCCAUGGAUUGUGAGAAAUUAAACGGCCUCUCUUGUGUCUAGUAACAGAUGUUCUUGAAGACACAUAAGAGCAAAGCACUGCACUCAUAUUUCAGUGUUUUGGGAAAUAAAUUGCACUCGAUGGUCUACUUAUUCCUAAACGGCAUUUGGGUUUAGACUGUUGUGAAUGUUAUUUCAAGUAUUCCCAAACCUGUCACUUCCAUUUGCCGAGCCGACCCAGUGCUCUCUUAACCUCAUUCAUAGUCACGGCUCGUUAAUAAA